AUGUUGAGGGCAGGCGUUACCACCAUCUCUUCGAGUGGACAUCCAUACUUGGUUGCAAAUUAUAACCGCCCCUUGACUGAGGACUUAAAAAUUAAAUACAACUUCUUACGAGCUGAGAAUAGCCAUCAGGAACUGAAAACCUGGGAAGCUGCACGCGCAACCUCUGCCGCUCCGAGAUUCUUCAAACCCUUUUUUCAUAAACCAACUGGAUAUAGUUUCAAUGACGGAGGUCUUAGGUUCAAUAAUCCGGUAGUGGUAGCUGACCAGGAAUGGAAGCUUUUGUGGCCGAACCUUGCAAAUAAGCACCCCGAUAUCUUACUCUCUAUUGGCACCGGUUAUGACCCAACCCCUAAACCUGACUUGGACAAACAAGGCCGGCGGUUAAGAGCAAAGCGUGGGGCAUUAGAAUUUGCCAAAGUUCUCCUCAAGAUAGCCACACAACAAAUCGAGAGCAGCGUGGGCUGCGAGCAGACAUGGUCUAAUUUUCUACGCUCGUUACCCAUACAAGAUGAAGAUAAAGCUGCCAAAUAUCAUCGUUUAAAUAUUGACCUUCCCAACAAGCUCCCGACGAUUGAUCAGGUUGAUCAGAUGGCAAACUUGAAGCGAUCAUCAGAGGACUUCUGCUAUAACAACCCACUAAUUGAUCAAAUUUCAACAAAGCUCAUAGCCUCCCUAUUUAACUUUAGGCUUGAUGGGUCUUCCAGGGUGACUCAAGGGACAUUGAAUAAAUGGGAUUGUGAAGGAACUAUACUCUGUCGACUUGAGCCAGGUUCUGAUGCAUUGAAAAGGCUGUGCAAACGGCUCGAGACACGUCGGAAUGGCUUGCCCCGUCGGAAUCACCUGUUUUUUAUGAACGAAAGGAGAAACUCUAGAGGAACUCCAGAUCAGCAACUCAUAGCUGAAGACAGUUUGUUUGAUAAUGUCACUAAGGGAAAGCCAUUCGAGAUGAAGAUUAAUUUCUCGAUGUUUGGCCCUGAGGACUCAAUGAGAAUAUUCCUCUCCCUUUCUGACAAGGAAUGCGACGUCUCGUUAAUAAGCGGAUUCCCCUGCCGUAUUCUGAAAGAACACGAUGCAUACCGCCCACUAGCACGAGUUGAUAGCGCAAGAACCCAACGGGGUCAUAAGAGCAAAGCCCCAAGCUUUUAUUCGGCAGUUUCAGUGAAUUCGAGUGCCUCCUCAUUGUCUGGCAUUUUCCGCGGUGUUGUCACAAAGGCGGGGGCUAAAAGUUCAUCGUAUUGA